AGCUUUAAAUUUGGCAACAUUUUCAAGAUGGCAGCGCCCUUGCGACUUUCUGCUGCUACAUGUGCAUCGAAAUUAUCAAGAUUCCAAUGGAUUUUGCCACAAUUUGUGACAAAAAAGCUAAACUUUUCAUCUGAGACCGCCGUUGCCGAGUCAAAUGAACCACAAUAUCCACCUAUACCCCCUCCAAAAGACAGUAAAGGAGAGUUGAUUCGCAUCGCCUCGGAGCCAGUACUCGCCGCCGAAACUCCGGCGGAGAUGAUCUACGCUCUGACCAAGAAGUACACGUGGAAUUACAAGAUUCACCCUUAUUCUUAUCAUCCGGGUUUCGUCGACUUUUAUAAACACAUUACGAAGACUGAAGUCGUUGAAGGGUUUCCUGAUACCAUAGAAUCAUGGAUUGAAAGUGAAGAGGUGCAGAAUCUGACAAAUAGUGUAUCGGAUAUUGCACGUAACGUUCUCUUGAAUGAUCAUGCGAUGACAUACAGACACAAACAGAAUACCGUAUGGAGAGACAGAGAUGUGGGAAACCAAUUGUGCAAGAACUUGAUUGGUUGUAUUAUUCCUUACCUGGCAGCAUCUAACAAACAUCUAAUGGAGGCAGAUGUAGACUUUGAUGUGGAAAUGCAAUCCUUCUGGCAAAGAGGAUCGCACAGAUUUUAUCAGUUUCUUGGCAAGCCUCUUCUAACAGUCCGAACAAAGCGGCCACUAAGAGAGUUUGUGGAACAAGAUGCAGACUUAUGCCAGGGAUCCAUAGCAGACUGGCCGUACGACCCAAACACAAUCAGUAUUUUCAAGCAGAGUGGAAAUGCAGUAUGCUUCCCAGGUUUCAAGCACGGUGCGGGCCACCUGAACGCCCAUACCCAGCUCUAUCUUACUGAAGAAAGGAGGAGUAAGGUGGAGGAAAAAAGCAUUCUUCCAGAUAUUCUGCAAGGCCAAGGAAUCUCCACCUCCUUUGCAUGGCUAAAUGCUCUUGCUCUCUAUCAACAGCACUGCUGCUACAAAGACAUCCCACGCCCCCUGACCUGCCAGACUAUCGUCACUGACGGCAAGUACUUCUCCUUCUACUGCUACCAGCUUAACACACUCAGAUUGGACGACCUCAUGGGAGAGGGCAACGACCUCCGCAACGUCUGCUGGCAGGUCCGGGACGUUCCUCUCUUCUCAGCCGUGGAGGAGGAUCAGGUGGUGGAUUUUAACGAGGAUGUUGUAAAGAUGAUGGUGGCUUUUCUAGCUAACCCAACCAUUGGGGAAGGCUGAGAUUUUUCUAAUGUUUUCAGGAAACUGUUGAUGUGCUUGUACCACGUGCAAUGUAGGUACAAUCAAAUCUUUAUAUAAAGUCCGACCAAAGGAGCAAAGAAAAGUGGCCUUUGUAGGCAGGUAGCAGUUAUGUACAGGUUUCUCUAGUAUAUGUUUCAAUAAGAAUGAAAUUCAAGGGAAACUGAACCUGUUGUCUUAAAGCCCCACUGCACUACUUAUAGCUACUGGUGCCCUCUACAAAGCAAACAAUGCCUAUGCGGUGACCGUUGGUCCCCCAUGGUCCCCUUUUUCUUAUGUUAAUUGAGAGCUGAUUUGAUGACUGAGAUAACCACCUGUCAGUGACCAUGCAGGGAGGUCUAAUCCCUUCUGGCCAAACUAGUGCAGAUAGGCUUUAACAGACAGGUAGUCUUCCUAUGCAGGUGGUAACUAAAGCAAGUUUCCCUUUAUUUAUUGUUUGAAUGUUUUCAGGGAACUCUUGAUACACUGGUACUACUUGCCAGUCGAAUCUGUAUAAAAGGAUGUAGUAUUUUUGUCAUUUGUACACCGUACACUCGUGUUACUUUCAGAACUUAUAACACAACACUCAAAGAUUGGUAUUUUUUCUGACUGCUAAGAAAACAUGUACAGUAUAUUCUUGUAAGUAGGCAAGCAUGGGACCGAUGACUUGAAGUCCUCUUCAAGGUACUUGGUUAUGAGAAUUAAUGCCUUCAAAUCAUAUGAAAAUCUCAUUAUGUACCUGCUAUUAACCAUGCAAAUCUCUUUAAAUAUUAUUCAAUUUGCUUAUCCCGAUUACCUAUUUGUUAUGAAUAAUAAUUGUGUUUCCUCUGACUGUUCAGUCAAUGUAAGGGGUUUCCAAUUCAACAAACACAUUCCUGAAAUAUUGUGGAAAAGCCCAUUUGCGAUCAAGGACCGUUUUCAUUAGUACAUGUAACAAGUUCCAACAUUCUGUGACAAUUUGCUCUUAGCCUCAGCCAAUCAGAUGCAUCAAUUGGUUUCAGGAGCUUAGGACAGGUAUUGUUUAGCAUGUAGAGAGGUUUCCCAGUUUAGCUUGCACAUUCUGUCUUCGCCUACAAGCUGACUCAGGCAGACCCUGUCUCAAAACUGAGUCGCGUCUUUCAGAUGAUGACAUGAAAGGUCGCUCCAAGACAUGAAUAAUUAAUCAUAUCUGAUUGAUGCACGUCUGUAAACAAUCCAUUAGUGUUACACACACACAAGACCCAGCUCUUGGUUGUACACGUAGACUCUAAACAGGUUCUCUGGUAGUUCAUUCAAAUUUGCUUGCACCGUCUUAGCACUGUUAUUGAAGCUGCGUUUCCAGCGAAGAUAUCUGAAGGCCAUUUUGAUUGUUACUCAGUAUUUGUUUCUUUGAACCUGCUAAAUGUAAGAACAGAUAUCAAGAGCUGUAACUGUGAUCUCAAUGCAAUAUCAUGGAUUUAUUUGCACAUAUGCAACCAGGGGAGUGUUUCACGUAGAUCCCAAGUCAAACUUAACUCUAAGUUGGACUUAAAAAUUAAGGAGAGCCAUUUGUAGCCUUAAAAUGAAAUAUAUUGUA